AGUGAAACAUGAGCUGCACACUGGAAAGCCCUGAGCUGCACAUAGUGGGAACCUGAAGGUGUGUGUGUGUGUGUGUGUGUGUGUGGUUGCCCACAGUGGUGUGCUGCAGUCCGCUUCCCCGCCGCUGUUGAGUAAACUACAUGGACAUUAGCGGGCGCAGCGGCACAACCACCGAGCCGGAGUGGAUUAAAACAGCGUGUGUGUGCGAAGAGCCACUUCGAUAAACGACUGUGUAACCAUCUGCGAAACCCCGGUGUGUAACAGCAAGUCCGUUACAACACUUUGCAGCGGCGAAACAGCAAAGGAAAGGCUCUUGGUUAACUCAGUGUCGCCGUGCAUUGUGUGUUAGGCAGGGGGAGAGCUCGGCGGGAAUGGCUUCAUCUCCGUGCGGCAACAGCAACUUUGAUUCCGGUCUGGAAAUCAAAACUCGCUCGGUGGAGCAGACGCUUAUUCCUUUAGUAUCGCAGGUCAUACAACACUGAAAUGUCUGACGUACACCCCAGAGCUAUCCUGGCCAUCAUGUUUGUUCUUCUGUGCCUCUCCAACACUAACAUUGCCGACUGUACCACAGAGGAAUCCUUCAGUCUGGCUUAUCACCACUCUGAUCAAUCAUAAAGACAAGCCAAAGAAGUCAGAGCGCACCCUGGCAGCCAUACACAGGGUGGGCCAGGCAGUGAGCGCAGCAGUGGGGCGUUUUGUGGCCGUCGGUGAGGCCAUCGCCGUAGAGAACCAAGAGCUGAAGGAUGAGAUGGGUCAAGCCUGCUUCGAGGCCCGCAGAGCAGGUGAUACCAUAGCCCAGCUGACAGAUGUGGGAUCAGCCUUGUCCUCUCAGUCAGACAGUCGCAUCACGGUGUUCAGUGAUAGGACAGGCAUGGUGAAGGCUGCCCGCUUGCUCCUCUCCUCGGUCACUAAAGUCCUGGUCUUAGCUGAUCGCAUCGUCAUCAAGCAGAUAAUCACAUCACGCAACAAGGUCCUGGUUACCCUUGACCAUCUGGAAAGAGUCAGCACCUUCCAGGAAUUUGUACAGAUUUUCAGCCAGUUUGGCAAUGAGAUGGUGGAGUUUGCCCACCUCACCGGAGACAGACAGAACGACUUGAAGGAUGAGAAGAAGAAAGCACGGAUGGCAGCCGCCAGAGCGGUUCUGGAGAAAUGCACCAUGAUGCUCCUCACAGCCUCCAAGACUUGCCUGAGGCACCCAGAUUGCGAGUCGGCACGGAUCAACAAAGACGCCGUGUUCCACCGAAUGCGCUGUGCCCUGGAGCAGGUCAUCGAGAUAGUCACUGAGGCUCGAAGCUGCGGGGAGAACAAGCUUCUUCCUGCCAGCAUCUAUGACGGCAUCAAGGACUUCAAGUCCAGCGUGGAGUGCCUGCGGGAGAACCUGUACUCUUUGUCGCCCCAGAGUGUGGGCAGCCAGCUGGAGGCACUGGUGGAGCGGACAGAGGACUUCACUGAUUCGGCCUACACCAGCCACGAGCAGCGGCAGGCCAUCUUAGGUCUGUGCCAGCUGGCGCGCCAGGACACUCAGCAGCUGGUGCACGCCUGGGUUGAGGCGCAGUCUGUCCAUGCCAAAGAGGCCACAGAGGACAUGGAAGUAGCCAUCCUGAAGACCUGCCAGAGCGUCAGUGACCUCAGACGUGAGCUCCAUAAGGUGGCAGUCGGUCGUGCCUCAGACUUGCUCAGAGUUCACGGGGAACAGUUGCCUCUGCGAGCCCUCAAAGCUGCAGGCGCUGAGGGGAACCUGGAGGCAGUGGCGGAGUAUUCGCGCACGCUCACCGAACAGAAGGAGCAGCUGGUGGAGACAUGUCGGCUGCUGUGCCACGUGUCGGGAUCAGAGCCUCUGGAGAUCACCUGCAUACACGCUGAGGAGACCUUCCAUGUCAUCGGUCCACAGAUCAUCUCAGCAGCUCAGACACUUGCUCUCCACCCAUCCAGUAAGAUUGCGAAGGAGAACCUGGAGGUGUUCUGCGAGGCCUGGGAGUCGCAGCUGUGCGACAUGGCCCUGCUGCUGAGAGAGAUCAACGACGUCUUUGAAGGCAGGCGAGGAGACAAAAGACCUUAUUUGUCGCUUCCCAGACCCGGGAAACACUCACUCACUAACUUGAAGACUGCCAAGGCUGUCAAGUUGGAUGCAGAGGAGCAGACAAGCAUGGCCAAGCUGGGUCUGGAGCUUCGUCUGCUGUCAUCAGAUGUGGACACAGAGGUGGAGAAAUGGGAGGAGCAGGAACACGACAUCGUCCGACAGAGCCAGAGCCUGGCCAGCAUGGCCUACAACAUGCACUUGUUCACCAGAGGCGAGGGGCUGCUGAAAACAACACUAGAUCUUUUCCAUCAAGCUGAGGUUCUCUCUGAAGAAGGGCUCCAGCUGGGCUCAUCUCUCCGCACUUUUUCCACUCAGCUGCUUGAUGAGGAAAAGUCUCUGGUUGUGACAGAGAUGGAGAAACUGGUGGCACUUUGCCAACAGCUGCAGAUGGGAGCCAAGACUCCUGUACAGGGCAAGACUGCCACCUUCCAGAAGGUGGACUCAUGCAUUCAAACAACAAGAGGCAUCUUGACUGUGGUCCUCUCCCUUCUUCCAUUCUGUAACAAGCUCAACAGAAAGUACAAGUCAGAGAGGAGUAGCCUGGGUUCCCCACAGGACUGGAGAGAGAGGCAGGAUGCAUCCACACCUGUCAAAGAGGAGGGAGCUCUCAACAGCAAGAGCAGCAACGGUUUUGGUGUCAAAUCCUUGGAGCAGCACAUGGCCGGUUUCAACCUCCUGGAGAGCAAAUAAUCUAGGAAACAGCCCUUUGUCUUCUAUCCUCCCUCGAAGCAGCACAUAACAAACCUCACCUUUUCUGGAGGACAUGUAAUAAUCGAGGAAAUGCUUCACACCCUUCAUCCUCAUGCACCCGCUGAAGUGUGGGCUAGAAACGUGAGGUGAAGAUGGUCGCCUGGGUCAGUCACAGUUUGUAUUUGCUGUCUGAAUGAUGAAUUGUAAGGUUUACAGAGGAAAAACAAACUCUCGGUGUCCCAGGGUUUUACCACAGGGUAGCUUCUUACCUAAAGCACCAGUUCCACCGCAAUCCACAAGGUGGAGACAAUCAGCCACUAUGACUUAGCCAUUUGCCAUGAGCUGCUUUGCAAAGCAAGACAACACAAGCUUGACAUAAACCUGAUUUCACAGUCACUGCUAUCACUCUUCUGGAUAUUGAGUUGAUAAACUGAUCAGAAAUCAGGAAGGAACUCCUCUUGAUGCUCAUCUCAACCACACAUCUGUCGUCACUAUGUGCCUCUGUGUAACAAGCCUGUCUGUGGUGUAUUGUAAAUGUGUUGCACAUGUUAGCCAAAUGGGGGGAGGGGGGAGGCAGUGGAAUGACUAAAAACCCACCAUGCAUGAUGGCACCAGCACCAAACCCUUGUGUUUGUUAUGGUCAACGUGUCAUAGGUUUGUAAUGUUAACACUUGUUCUGUAAUAUUAACCAUAGUGGUAUAUUCUGUCCUUGAUCACUGGCAUUGCAGUCAGAAUCUCAUUUGGAUAAAUAUGUAUUUUAGACAUCAGUGACACCAUAUGAUUAAUGUCCAGCUUCCACACAGUUUUGUAUGGAAUGUUCCCCGUGUGCCAUGUUACUAACAAAAUGCAAAAAUCACAGUUUAAUGCCAAAUAUAAUUGUCCUCAUGAAGAUGCUGUGAUCUUCCGCUUGCUACUCAUAUGCUAUAUAAAGCUCUUAGUCCUCCAGCGUACAUAACUGGAGAUUUUUACUUGGGUCUAGUUUCUCUGAAAAGUCAGAUGAUGAAACUCAUCACCAAGAUGCUUUUGGGAUGUCAGGAGCCUACUUUAUACUGUCCUGAGUAUUAUUAAAUCUUAUUCUGUGUAUACAUUUUUUUUUCUCACAAAAGAAAGCUAAUUCUAAACUGGCAUCUGUGCGAAAUGGAGCCUUGAAGUGUAUUUGUUAUGAAGACUAUCAUUGUGAAGCUGCCUAGUAGGCCAGUAUGUAUUAAAUGGUAUAUGGUAUGUAUAAUAUGGUACUUGAAGCAUAGAUAUAUACAGUGUGUGUGUGUGUGUGUGUGUAUGUGUAGGGUAUCCUAAGGUAAUGACUUUGGUACUAGGUGAGGGUGUGAUGACUGAAACGAAUAACAUAUAUCAAGAUUUAGAGAUGCUUUAUACAGUCUGAGAGCAGCUAAGGAUGCUGGGUAUUGUAGUGGCACUAAAGAUGUGAAGAAAUCAUAGAUAUAGUUUUGGACCAUCUAUUCUUUUGACAAUGGAAAGGUUAAUAAAUGACACAUAAAAAAUAAACAGUAUUUUUCUUAAA